AAAGGUGUGAAUAUCUCGGUGAAUCUCCCGCGAGGAGGAACUGCGAUUUGCAAAUGUUUCUGUAAGAGUUUGCUGCUGCCACACUGCAACAUUGUGAGCUUCUUGGCUUGUUGCAUUCUCCCCAAGGUCGUCCAAGCGAUAAACCGAUGUAGCCUUCGCGUCGUAUCUGCUUUAUGAAAUCUGAGGCUUUCAAUCCGCUCACCCCAACACAGAGGAGCCGUUGUACUACUGCAAAACAGAAUUUAUGGUAAUGGCAGGGUGUUUAGUUUUGCGCAGUUGCUCCCUUGCAUGGUUUCCGGGUCCUCACUUUCCGCGGGAAGAACUCGUUCAGCCAUCUGGACAAUGGAUGUGGGUUAGGGAAGUGUUGUGUUGAGAUUACAUGCACGCCGUACUCUUCCUUCUAGGAUGCAGUGACUCAAGGCCGUUUCGUUCCAAGCGCGCCAAACAUUUUUUUUUCAUUGAGCUUUUCAACGGGAGUAUCAGCACCCGUGAUUAUCAACCUUUGAAAAUAAAAAUUACAUCAAAGUUCUUGCAACAGGUGCUUUGUUUUCGUUGCAAGAAAUCUAUUUAUGAGCCUAAUUCAAUUAAGCUCAGUGUCAGUGACAGUUCAUCAAAGGUAAAUUAUUUACAUUUCAAUAUUGAUGUAUAAAAUUAUCUAGAAUUAUUUUUACCUUUGAGCGAAUGUUAUUUCUAGUGAUAAUGAAAAUUGAUAAGAAUGAAAAGCAAAAUGUGCAAUUGGAAAAGGGGUUCCCGAUUACUCAUAAAUCUCGUAUAGUUUCUUGCCUUGAGAAUGAAUGUAUCUGUAGAACGCUUGAACAUGAUUUUAAAGUAAACAAAAUUAUUUUUGGAGCUAUAUUUUUUACUACUCAUGUAGCUGCUCUUAUUUGUUUAAUUGUUACUUUGGGAAGUGGAAACGUUUGUGAUGAUAAAAUUGGUGACUUACAGUUGGAUCUUGAAGCUCUGAGGACUGAAUAUGAUUCCUCUCUUAGAAUUAUUAGAUAUAAACUUAAAUUUAUUGAAAAUGUUAUUAAUCAGAAAUGGGAUUUUGAGGAAGCACAAAAUCAUGAAAAACAGCUAAGUUUUGAGGAGCUUGAUAGAUCCACAGAUAAAGAAGAUAUACAUCUUGAUUCUCAAUCAUCUAAUUUUAAUCUUCCUGAAAAUAUGAUUGAUUAUUUAGAUGUUGAAUACGAUGAGACCACUAAAAAUAUUUCAAGAGACCCUGAAAAUAGCACAACAGCCUCUCCAGCAUCAGAAUUGCUACCUAGUGAUGAGUUAUGUUCUCAAGUGGUGUCAUCUAAUGCUGAAGACUUUCCAGAGUAUUUCAAACUCUGCAAAGAAUGGGAUGUCCGAAGUAGAAGAACCAAGCGUUCAAAUAUGAGAGGUAAACAAAGUGGACGGAAGUCAACAACAAGGCGUCGUGUUCAUCCAAACAAGAAACCCAACAUUCGGGGUCCUGUAGCAUCUCAUUUCAAAGGCGGGGUUCCUGAAACAUACAUUCGGGAUGGAGGUAGUUUGCUUGCUCCAUGGUUUCCUGAUGACAAAGCUUCUGCAGCUUUCUCAUUGAAAUAUGAAUUUCGAGAAGGCAAAGGCACUAUAGAAGUGACAGAAGAAGGCUUGUACCUGAUAUAUGCUCAAGUUUACUAUUUAACAACAGAACCUCUGAACACUUAUGUAAUAAACGUGAGAGAGAAAGAUGCACCUGCCAAACCUAUAGCUUAUUGCAGUAGUAAUGCUGUAGUUCCAGAAGGUGGAGUCUCGGAAGUAAGUUGCUACACUGCAGUAAUUCGUUAUUUAAAUGCUACCAACCAGGUAUACAUUACCCAACGAGAUAGAAAUCGAAGAAUGAUUCUGCGUGAUGGACACUCUUUUAUGGGACUCAUUUGUCUGAAUUCUGCUCCUGAACCUAAGAGAAGACGUAAGAACCGUGACUAAGGUUUUUAAUUUUAUUUGUACUGUUUAUAGUUUUUGCCCACAUUACAUUGGUAUUAAGGGAGAGGCAGGUUGAUUUCUUUCAUCUGUAUUUUCAUACCAUUUUGUAAUCUGUUUAUAAAGAAUGUAUUUUCAACAGAAAAAGAAAUUGCAAUGUACAGUAGAACCUUGCUAAUCCGAACCCCACAAAUCAGAAAUUUCAGAUUAUUCGAACAAAAUUAGGGAUGAAGAAAAAAUAAAUAAAAUGCUUCUUUAAAGUAUAAAGAAAGGAUUUUAUAAUUACUGUAGAAAUGAACAACUGAUUAUUCGUUUCUUGAACUGGUAACUACAGUGUAUAUCACUUAUAUAGCAGUAAUUUCACUUUGUGGAACUUUCAAAAUUGGUCUUCUUUUGUCAUAAGGAACUGAAUCUGCUUGAUGAUGCAAUGUGAUUAUGUGAUCGGCCCGCUACAUUGCCUAUUUAUCACAUUGCAAAUGUGUUGCAUUGUCUGGUAAUUUUAUAGAUGUAUUUAUAUAUGUAUGGUUCAUGUUUUGGAUAAUCUGAACAUUUCUGAAUCCAAGCAGACUGCACCCCUAAUUGAUUUGGAU